AUGCUUCGCUCCGUGGGUUUCCUUGGUUGGGCCGUGCUUGCCGCGGCAUCGGAGAUGCGCAGCGACGACUUCCCCAACUACGACCAAGGCACCAUCCCAGCCUGGAAGGACUUGGCCUCCUUGCGGGGCGCCCACCCGGCUGCCCAGGUCAUGAGCAAGGCGGAGUACCAUCGCCAGCUGAAGUCGCUGGACAUUCCGAGGCUCUAUCGGGAGAUUGCGGCGCUGAUGACAUCUUCCCGGCCCUACUGGCCAGCCGACGGCCCGCAGGACGGCGACGUGCCCAGCUACGCCGGGCUCUUCGCCCGCUUGGCCUGGCACUGCUCGGGAAGCUUCCGGCUGAUCAACGACACGCACGCUGCUGGGGGUUGCGAGGGUGCGCGGCAGCGGCACUGGCCGGAGAACGAGUGGCGUGACAACACCAACUUGGACAAGGCCCGGGGCCUCUUGGCCGAGGUGAAGCUCCAGUUUGGUGACGUCAGCUGGUCCGACCUCAUGACCUUCGCGGGCACGGCAGCCAUCAAGUUGAGCGGCGGCCCAGCCAAGAAGUUCUGCUUCGGGCGAAUGGACGAUGUGAACGGCGAUCGCUCCAUCCCCCUGGGCGUCGAGGGUGUGACGCAGUGCCGCGGCAGCAAGUUCUGCAAGUCCGACGCCGAGUGCCCCAACUCCUUCCGGUGGCCGGAGCAGAACGACACGGACCAUGCUCGUUGCAACAUCGAGCAGCCCAAGCAUCGGCUCCAAGCCAGCCACUCCGUCGGCCUGAUCUACGUCUACCCCGAGGGGCCGGAGCUCAAGAGUACGGCCGACGGCUACAACUCUAACUUCGUGCACAACCGCUCCCCGAAGCUCAGUGCCCUGGAGGUCCGAGACACCUUCCGUGAUCGGAUGGGCUGGACCGACCGCGAAACCGUGGCCCUCAUCGGCGGCGGUCACACCCUGGGCCGAACCCACGGCAACUGCAACCUCACCGGCACCAAGUGGGCACAGGCUCCUUACAACAACGUGGGACCCUACUUCGAG